UGCAGUGUGCUCAGGAUGACACAGCCCACUACUGUGCUGAGCAUUUUCGCCAUGUUCCUUCACACCACUUUUGGGGAAAGUGGUUGCACUUCAGCAGACGGUGAUGGGACUCUUGGGGAUGAUGAACCAGACAAUUUUGACAUUGAUUGCUUCAGCCAGCUGGAAAUCAAGGACUCCUUUAGCAGCCUAACCUGCAAUUUCACUGAGCUGUCUCCUUACAACACUAACUACACCCUGUCUCUGUGUACCAAGGAGGACAACAAUUACGCCUGCUCCAACAUGAAGAAACAGGAAGAUGUAUUCUUCUUACAGUUUAUUGAUAUACUCUCAAACAGAGAUGUUUGCAUGUACUCUGAGAUGAAGAGAAGGGUCUGCAGGAGUCUGGUUGUAACUGACAUUGUUAAGCCUGAAGUACCAUUCGCUAUAAACAUCACAUAUGAAAGGGAGGCAAAUGAAUAUCUUAUUCGUUACUGUACACCACACUCAAGGAAGAAAUACUUAAAGGACAAAUUAGUGCACCAAGUAGCCUAUCGGCAGAAAGAAGGUUCUUGGAAGACAAUAGAGUCACCAUACCUUCAGAUAAAAUUGCUGGGGAAAAACCUUGAAAAUGAAGCAUCAUAUGAGGUGAAAGUACGUUCUCAGCCCAAUGGAGAUUAUUUUAAGGGCAUAUGGAGUGAAUGGAGCACUUCCAAGAGCUUCUGGACAGCAAGAGAGCAGCACUCCACAGAAAGCUAUAGCAGUGUGGUCAUGGUUAUAUUCUCUAUCCUGGGAUUCAUGCUGUCCAUUGUUAUGAUUGCACUGAUCGUAGUUUUUUGGGAAAACAGGAUCAAGCCUGCUGUAUGGCCAAACCUUCCUGACCAUAAAAAAACACUGGAGCAACUAUGCAAGAAGCCAAAAAAUAAUUUUGAUAUAAGCUUUAACCCAGAGAGUUUUGGUUAUGUUCAUAUCCAUAAAGUGGAUGGCCUUUGGGCAAAAGCUGAACUGGAAAAUUUUCUGCAGCCACCAACUGCUCCAGAGACAAGCCUUCCAGAAAAAUUCAGGAGUGGAUCAGACAUGAAGGUGAUCCCUGCAAUGGCAGGGAAAACCAACCUAAACCUGCCUGUGUCUUAUGAAGGAGUCUGGCCAGCUGAAGCCCUGCGCAGGUUCCUGGGCCCCAGCCAGUUUGCAGUCACCGAGGACAGCUGCGGCUCCAGCAAGUAUGAGGUUUGCCAUGGCAACAGGGUGCCCCUGCACAGCGCUGGUGUCAACCUUUCCUCCACGUGUCCCCUGGGUCCUUCGGGCCAGCACCAUCCAGAGCCCCUGAAUGACGACACCGGAUCCCAGAUGCUGCCUAAUGGUGACAUGAGAUCACCAAACAAUGAGGAAGCCUACGUCACAAUGUCCAACUUCUACAAAAUUCAGUAAAUCUCACAAGAAUUACAGCAUGCCAUUUUUUCUCUAACACACACAGGAUACUGAAUCUUUCUGGUUUUGUUUUCCUGUAUCCUGUGAGUUCCCACCUCCCUCGUGCACUCUGCUCACGGUGCAAUGCUGUACCUGCAGGGAAGGGGUUUCUUCUACACUCCAGUGAGAAGUAGACUAUCUCAGCAUUCAGUAUGCUGCUAGCAGCCUUAACUGCAGGAGAAAUUAAAUUUAAUUCAACCUGAUUCUGAUCUUCAAAUCUGAUUAAUCCAGAGCAGUGACAAUGCAGUCCCAGCUGAGGAUCACAGCAUGUCUUGCAGAAAUUAAUGAAUGCUUUUAUUACCCUCUUGGUUACAAACUUAAGCUCUUAUUAAUGCCUUAGCAAGAAAUAUGGCAAUAAAUUCCUUUUAAAUAGAACCCAAUCUCUUUAAGGACUGGUGGGUCAAGACUAACUCCCCCCAGUCAGCAAAAAGACAGGAAAAAGACAGAAAGACAGGAAAUUAGAGUUACUAUCAAGUAUUAGAUGCCUGGCAAUUCAGGAGCUUGAGCACCACAAUGAGAGUUAGCUGAGUGCCCAGCAAAAAUGUUACAUGGGCCCACCUGAGGGAAAU